AAAAAGAGUCAGAACUAAUUAGUCUAGUUUUCCAAAAUUGAUUAUGACCCUCAUCAUCUCGUGGUCGUGGGCUCUGGUCUUGUCCCUCUUUUAGCAUUUAACAACCGCUUUACCAACUAAUCUUUCUGUAUUAACAAGAACUCAUUGCUCUAACAAUUAUUCAAACAAUUAAUUAAUACCCAAUUAUCGUCUUCCAACUGUAAGCCUAACAAUUAUUCAAAAUAAUUAAUAUAUUCACAAUUAUCUUCCCCCUCCACUCUUUUUCUUUGCUCCAACAUCACAUCAACAUCAAACAAUACACUGACGAUUUAAUUCAUCUUUCUUCUUCUUGAAACUUUUCUUUCAUUUUAUUAAUGCAAAGAGUGCUUUUAAGCAAAAGCUUUAAAGAAUCAACUUUUCAUUUUUGAAAAAUCAAAAGAGAAAACUUGUCAUUUUCUUUCUGCCUCCUUUUUCUUUUGUUCUUGUUUUCUGGGUAAUUUGAUUUGUUAUCUUCAGAUCUCUUCAGUAAUCAAAACCCAUUUUGACAAAGAAAAAAAAAGAAAAGAAAUGAUUCUUGAUUUGGGUUUUGCAUGUUUCCUCUCUGGUCGAACCAGAGAGAGCUCUCAUGAGCAUAACAAAGCUUGGCUUUUGGAGGAAACAAGACCAACGUUUAUUGAGUCAGACCCAUAUUCAGGACAGUCGUCAUUUAGGUUUAGUCUUUGCUCACAGGUGGAGCUGGAAAAGAUGAGAAGGGAGCAACCAUCAUCGUCUUUUCAAGUGUCUGAAGGAUCAGCGACGGUUCUUCUGGUUAACGAGGUUAAGGAGACAGAUAAACCGACGGUUGAGAUGAAUUGGUCGACGGCUCUUUCACUUGAGAAGAGCAUUUCUCCAGUGACCAAUACCUUGAUCCGGUUUAGCUACAGUGAAAUUGUCACCGCCACUCGCAAUUUCUCAAAAGGGAGAGUGUUGGGAAGAGGAGCUUGUAGCUAUGUAUAUAGGGGCAGAAUGGGGAUUUGGCGAAAAGCCUUGGCUAUCAAAAGACUUGACAAAGAAGAUACAGAAUCUCCAAAGUCAUUUUGCAGAGAGUUGAUGAUUGCAAGCUCUCUUCAGUGCCCUAACAUUGUGCCUCUUCUAGGGUUUUGUAUCGAUCCUGAACAAGGGCUUUUCUUGGUGUACAAGUAUGUCUCUGGUGGCAGCCUCGAACACUAUUUACACGAUAAGAAAAAGAAGAAGAGAGGUGUUAAGGUUCCCUUUUGUUUGCCUUGGUCAACAAGGUACAAGAUCGCCUUAGGCAUUGCAGAUGCCAUAGCGUAUUUACAUAACGGCACUGAGCAAUGCGUUGUGCACAGAGACAUCAAACCCUCCAACAUUCUUCUUUCCUCAAACAAAAAGCCAAAGUUGUGUGAUUUUGGGUUGGCGACAUGGACAGCUGCACCAUCGGUUCCUUUCCUGUGUAAGACCGUGAAAGGAACAUUCGGUUAUCUAGCUCCAGAGUAUUUUCAACACGGCAAGAUAUCAGACAAGACAGAUGUGUACGCGUUUGGAGUUGUGUUACUUGAGCUAAUAACGGGUCGAAAGCCAAUUGAAGUAAGAAGACCAUCUGGUGAAGAAAAUUUGGUAGUUUGGGCGAAACCGUUGUUACGUAGAGGGAUGGAGGCUAUAGAGGAGUUGCUAGAUCCAAGGCUGACAUGUACUAGAAAGAACUCGGUUGCAAUGGAGCGUAUGAUCCAAGCAGCAAGAGUAUGUGUGACCGAUGAGGAGUCACGUAGACCUGGAAUGAAAGAGAUUGUUUCGAUUUUGAAAGGAGGUGAAAGCAGGAGAGUAGAGCUAAGGACGUUUUCAAGCAGGACAAAGUCAAAUCUUUCGAGUUUAAUGGACUGUUAUCCACAGUUGCAACGGACAAAAUCUGAGAUGAAGAGUCAUCUUGCUCUUGCCAUGCUCGGAGUAACAGAGUUUGAAGAUGAUGAUGAUAAUGAUAAUGUUCUUUUGUAGGGAAGGUAAAAUAGAUACUCGCAAGAACUAAAAAAAAGAGAUUUUUUUGUGUCACUGUAAAUGUUUUAAACUUAAUUACUUCUUUAUAAAUAUAAUUUAGGAAAAUGCAAAGAAAUAGUUUUUUUCUUUUAAAUACCUCUUGACUUGACAAAACAGGCUAGUUUAGUUAGCUGCUAGCAUAGUAACAAUUUGAGAAUACACUAAUAACAUACAGCUAUGUUACAAGAAACAACCAAUACAGAUUUGAUGAACAAAAAUCUGAAUCUUUCUCAUUUUUGUUUUUUAUUUAGACGACGGCUUUGAGUAGGGCCUCAAGCACAGCUUCUUUAGUAGGAAGUGCCGGUAUUGCACCUCUCUCCUUCACCGUUAAGGCACCACACGCAUUCGCAAACAUUAGAGCUUCUCUCAGUCUUUCUUCGUCCUGAGUCAA